AUGGAGUCCCCGGGGCCUCAGCCGCGACCCGAUACAGACGAAAAUAUUGAGUGCUGGGAUGAUGACGGCGACUUGCAAUUCGCCGAUGGCAUUCAAUUCCGCGCCGCAUCCAGCGCUGGAUCUAUAACCAACUCUUCAUUCCGACCUUCUGGGCACCGCGAUUCAAUCUCCUCUCGCCGAUCUGCACGGUCUGACUUGGACUCCAACGCAGGAGAUGAAGACUGGCAGGUUUUCCUUCAGGAGAACGAUGACUUCUCAAAAGAGGAAGCUCUCGCGUCAGCGAAACACGCCGGUAUCACCAUCCCAACAGAUAUCCCCAGUUCCGCCCUCAUUGGCGGCGCGAUCAAACGUUUAACAACCCGCAAGCCAAAAAGAACUUUUGUGGAUGACUGGUCUGAAGACGUGGAACUUCCCGACCCAGAUACAGUGCUCCAGCUCAGAAUUCCGCAGGAUGCGAACUUCCCUGAAACAUUACGCCAGAUCAGCUCAGCAGCCACUAGUCCUAUCAAAACUAUGGCGUCGCCAGCUUGGCACGAAGAUAUUUCCACCCGCUUACAGUCGGCACUGACAGGCCUAGAUAAUUUUCAGGAAGAGAGUGACAGUCCCGUGAACCAAAAGGUCCCAACUAUCAGAUCCCCGGUUCCCCGAUCGCCGCAAAAGAACUAUGCGAGUGACACCAAGGACAUAGCCGCAAAGUCGGAAGCGGACGACUGUGAUCUGGACAUUGAGUUUCCACCAGACCAUCAACCUUUGCAACUAUCCCAUCGAAAACAACAUACUGGCGUCUCCAGUCCGACCCUGGAGGACUUUGACUUGGAAUGGUCUGAAGGCAGCAUCGGCGUCAGGGUUGGUGGUACUACUAGAGAUGGCCGGUCAGUUCCGAGCUCAUCCAUAUCAAUCGCAAGCCCUAGUGUUUCCAGUUGUUUGACAGCGGAAAGUGAGGAUGACGGACUGGAUGGCAUUGUUUUCCCGGAAGGACCACUGGAUUUCAACGCUUCGCUCAGGAAAAGAAAGGAGUCGGAAGUGGCUGUGGAGUCAACUCGAACAGAAGAGGCCCAGAAACAGCUUAAUCCGCCAGACGCAGAUGACUUUUUUGCCGGGAUUGAAAUCGAUAGUGGAAGGGCAUUCUCCUCGGGUAAAUUGGCAUUGAAUCCCAACGUCAAAUGCAAGACAGAAUGGCCUACAAGUCCAACACGCCGUCCCGCCACGACUCUAACCUUCACCAAUGCGACUGGAUCGCCGCGCACUCGAAUUCCACGUCUUUCUGGCCACGACCGGACGCAUUCGACGCACCUCGAGACUGUAUCGGAGAGUGGUGCGCCUCUGUCAAAAUUCCGGAGGUCUCAAUCUAGACUUGGCCAUUCAGCCCAAUCAUCCGUGUCCAGUCUUCCGGCAGGUGGUACUCCCUCGACCUCGCCAACACCAGUCUCUGCGACUCGGAAGCUUCUAGGACAAAGACCUUCCAGAGAACCCGCUCCAGAUGUUGACGCCAAGCCGCCUGGGCGACUUCUCCGAACUAAACGAUCUUUGCCGGCAAUUCGUGGAAUCACGUCGGCUGUGUCGGGACAAACUUCCCAGCGAUCACCGUCUAAUCCAGAUGGGCCUGUUCGCUCUUCACUCGUAAGGCCCAAAACACCAGUCGAACAUGCUGCCAAUGAAGGAAGGACUGCCAGUCGAAGGCCACAGGUGCCAUUCAUCCCCGCGGGUGCAUCGGAACGACAAUCUCAUCAUGCCAGUGUCAAGAGCUACCGACCCUCCCGCCGUACCAACUCGGAUGGAUCUGGGGAUUUCCUGAGCCCACAAGGCACUUUCUCACGGCUAUCGCAUUCAACGCGCCCCGGCGGUCAUCGCUCGAGUCUGGGGGACACUAGCACAGAAACUAUAUCUCAAGCUAGCAAGCGUGCUCUCACUAGACCGACAAAGCGACGCAACUUUGGCGACGGAACAGAGCUGGAGUCUUUCGACGAUCUCCCAACUUCUGCGACUACCGAAAGCAAAUACACAAAAACCCCCAUCGGCCGCGGCGCCCCUCGAUCUGUGCGCGCCAAACUCAGCCAGAGUCGCAAUACCCCUCCUGUCGAAUCCCCUCCUCAACUGUCUACACCCCCAUCUACCUCGAAACCCCGUAACUCGACACCCAGAUUUGCUCGUGAUACAAACGCUUCUCGCAAUGCAAGAGAACAGCGCAUUGCCUCCUUGAACACCAGGAACCGAGAUGUGAACUCGAUGUCGACCUUUAAUUCCAAUUGGAAAUCUCACCCAAUCACGCGUCUAUCCCCAUGCUCGGCACCGGUUCGAAGUCGAAAAAACAAGCCGGCAAGCCAAACUUCUUCGAAACCUCACCUGAUUAAACCCAUGGGGUCCGGCGUGCAAGAAGCCAAAUCUGUGCGAGGCAUGCGGUACAACCCGAACACUUACCGUUGGGAAGGGAACGAGAACGUUGUGCAAGACUUUAUUGGUACCGUGCCCCCAAAGUCCCCGAAACCUGCACCGGCCCUCAUCGCCAAAGUGGGCACCAUGCACAAUGUACAGGCUGUGGGGGGCAUGGUCUUCGACCCCCACCGCAUGUGCUGGCUCCGAGCUAGGUCUCACGGAUCCGAGACCCCCAACGACCCCACGUUCGAAGACGAGGAUGAUGUCUUUGCCGGCCUGGAUGACUUGGAGGACAAGGUCGUCGGACGCCCCUCCGGGACCCUGAACGAUCUAAACGCCCACCCACCCGGUGAGGAACCGAGCGCGGGCGAAUCCUCUGACGAAGGCCCUAUCACCGAGGAGUUCGAUGUCGGCCCGGAGUUUAUUCGACGACAACGGGCCGAGGAAGACAAGUGGAGGCGCAAGGUGGACAGUUGGGUGAGUGCGGACCGCGGUGAUCGUGAAACCCACUGGCGCUGGGCCAUUCGGGAUCUGGUGGCCGAC